AGCAGCAGCCGACGCUGAAGAUUUGUACAAUUUCCUUAUAUCUCUUUACUAGUUAUCUCUGUUUACCCGCAAUUUAAACAAUUUACAGUAAGAAACAAUCAAGAGGUUUAAAUUAUUGUGAAACUUAUUUAAAAUAUAGGGAAGCCGCAACAUUUCUAAUCGAAGACGAAGUGUACUAUGGAUUUCCAAUUCGUGCUGCCAAGCACCAACGCUGAGCUACUAAAUUCAAGCGGUGAUAGCUACUAUGUGAAACAAGUCUAUGCACCUAAUGAAAUUGGAGAGCGUUUACGCGUGUGCAAACAGAUGGUCCAACAAGGGGACCCAUUCUACAUUUUCGACCACUUUGAUACAUACUUUACUAUAAUUGAGAGUCGGGGAUGCGAUGCGGCCUCUAUUACUAAUCUUAUGCGCAGCUUUGAUCUUCUGUACAUCACAGUCGACAAGUUGGGUCAGCGUUUGGCACCGGUUCUAGCUUGCAGCGAUACGGCACAGAGUUUACAAGACCGCCAGAGGUAUCUGAAUCUCACAAAGAUGUUACUUUUCUUGCAAGUGAAUACGGUGCGGCGCUUAGAUAGUGUGGCAUCACAAGCGCAGCAACAACAACAACAGCAAUUACAACAGAAAAAGCGACUGAAACAAACUGAAACUCUCGAACAAUAUCCCGAUUGGGACUCAAAGCGCGGCCGCUUUCUGGUGCAGCUGUACAAUAUUUUGCAGUUUCCGCUUGAAAAACUUUGGAAUCCACCAGUGGCUGAAGAAAAUUUUGUUAAUCUAAUUUGUGAUAUAUGUUAUCGCACGCUGGAAUUAAUACAUUCACGCUCAGACAACCGCCAUAUCACGGACACUGUAUUUCAAAUCUUCGGGACUGCCAUAAAACGCUAUAACCAUGCGCUAACCUUUCCCGUGCGUGUGUUGCAAAUAUUGCGUACUUCUGAACAUGCUGCGCUAUCCAUUGCUAGCGGUAUAAAUGUAUUGUACGAAGAAUACGGCAUUUCUAGCGUUUUCUCUGUACUCAUCAAGGACAUUGUAGAAACGUUGUCAGUGGAUUCGGUCGAUACGGUGGUGUCGCGCAACUUUUCCAACUUUUUAAUGGAGCUUGCUACCAUUGCACCCAAGCUAAUGAUACCACAUCUGUCAACACUCGCCGAUGAGCUGCUCAAUUGUGAAUCACAUACACUGCGUAACUGCAUAUUACAAAUCAUGGGCGAUGCUAUUGUUGGCGAGCUGACAUCUGAGGAGCUCUCCGAGGAGUUAAAAGAGGCACGAAAUGAGUUUCUAGAAAAUUUGUUGGCACACAUCAAUGACGUCUCAGCGCACGUGCGCGCCAAAGUGCUGCAAAUAUGGAAUAACAUGAAAGAAGAAAACGCAGUGCCGUUAUCUUUUCAAUUGAAAGUGCUUUGUGAGGCAGUGGAGCGUUUGGAAGAUAAGACAUCGUCUGUGCGAAAACAGGCCGUCCAGCUGAUUAAGUCAUUUCUGGAGCGAAAUCCUUUUGCGGCUAAACUAACGUUGGAAGAGUUAAUCAAAAAGCAUGCCGAGGAGUGUGAGAAGAUGGAAAAGUUGAGUGAAGUUCUGGGGGAGGAGCGCAAAAAGGCUGAAGAGUUGGAUGGGCAAUGGAACUUGUUGAUACCGGAAAUUUUGCCGAUUGUAGAACAAAAUUUGAAAGAAUGCACAGAAGACUUACCCGAGAACACACAGGAAAAUUAUGAAGAUAUGAUACAACGUAUUUCUACAUUAUUGCUGGAGAAGAAAUAUCGUGAGGCUGUGGUUUUGGUGCGUAAAGCAGAUCAGGUGGCUGGCAAUGCAGAACUGAGGCACACUUUAAAAUUGGAAGAGCAAUGCGCCUACUACAUGGCACUGCUCAAGUCUUAUAUAUUUUUGGCAAACGGCUGUAAGGAUAGCAAUGAAGAGUUAGGCACCCAAAUAAAAACUGUGCAAUUCUUACAAGACUCAAUCGAGUUUUCGAAAGUCAUUACAAAAGCUGUACCGAAAAUACAAGAAUUACUACUUUCCAAAACUAAUUCGGAUGUAUUUGAAGCUGUUGAUCUCUUUACCACCGGGUAUAUGUUUGGCAUCAAAGGCACUGAAGGUGGCAUGCGGCAGAUGUUGUAUCUGGUAUGGUCAUCGGAUAAGGAGAAACGCGAUUCCGUAUCCAAUGCCUACAAAAAAGUUCUAUUCACUACUGAUCAAUCGGGCAGAACUCAUGCCAUUAAAGUUGUACAAAAUCUCAUGCGUUUUCUUGAGGAACUGGAAUAUGGACAUUAUACCGCCAUGGAAUGCUUAAUGCAUGAAUGGGUUUCUACCGAUGACAUUGAUGCUGCCAUCAUACAAGUGCUCUUCGAGCGCUUCACACUGAAAUUGGAGGGAACCUCCGACAAUGAAUCACGCCUUGCUCUGCAACUAUUAAUUAUGGCCUCCAAUUCUAAGCCGUCCAUUGCAUCGGCAAACAUGAAUGUCAUCGAAACCAUUGGCCUGGGUGAACGCGCCAAAGCUGAUCCGCGUAUUUAUACUGGCUGCAUAGAGUUUAUGUUGAAUUCUAUCGAUUCGAGUACACAUUCGAAAUUCUACAAGCGGUAUGAGACUGAUUCGCCGCUUGUACAAAAAGUCACAGAUCUCUUUCAGCGAUUUUACUUUCAUCCGAGUGUGCCAGAUUUCGAUAAGUUAACUAUGCGAACACUGGAGUUCUUCUUUAACCUGUGCCAGACGCCAGAUGUGAUUUGCCAGAAAAUAGUUGUUGGCUUAUUAAAAAAAUUACGUGAUUUCGCUAUAUGCACUACUGAUAUAACACCUUCGCAACAGGAGCGUGCUCUAGAAACGCCCUUUUCGCAGCCUAUACCUGAAAGCCAAUCGACCGUGCGUGGUUCUGAUGCUAAACAGCCUCAGCAACAGCGUUUGCUGGUAUAUUUGGUGACGCGUUUUCUCUUCACCAUAGGCUAUAUGACGCUGAAGGAGAUGAUUUUCCUCGAUAUUGAUGUCUACAACAAUAUGAAAUUUAGGCAAGAACUCACAGAGUGUGAGGAGAAGAAAAAGAAGAACGCAUUCAAUACGACCCGGCGAAAGACGGGUAAUUUGAAUAUGUCGGCGACGGAGUCUCUGAAGCGAUUGUCUGGAACAGCUGCUGAACCACAACAGGAGCCCGAUGAGGAUCUUGUUGGCGCCACCGCUGAAGACAACAUCGCCGAGCUUAUCAAUCACAUUUGCGAAGAUGUGCUGUUGUAUGCCGAGAAUUCACUGCUUGCCAAAAUAUUCCCCUACGUGAUGGAGAUCUGCAAAUACCCUGUGAAAUAUCGUCACCAAUCACUGCAGCAGGCGGCGACGCUUACGCUUAUACGCUUCAUGUGCGUUUCCUCACGCUUCUGUGAAGCGAAUAUGCCUUUCCUCAUGAAUAUUUUGAGCCACACGAAGAAUAUAAAGAUUAAAUGCAAUAUUGUGAUUGGUUUGUCCGAUCUGACAUUCCGCUUUCCAAAUAUAAUCGAACCAUGGACUGGCCACUUCUACUCGACAUUACAUGAAAAGAAUACGGAGCUGAGGCUGACGGCUGUGAAAAUGCUCUCACAUCUCAUUCUGCAUGAGAUGAUACGCGUGAAAGGUCAAAUUGCCGAUCUGGCGAUGUGUAUUGUCGAUCCUGAUGCAGAGAUCAAGAAUAUCACACAGCAGUUCUUCAAGGAGAUUGCCAAUAAAUCGAAUAUCCUGUACAAUGUUUUACCAGAUAUUAUUUCCAAAUUGAGCGAUACCAAUUUGAAUUUGGAAGAAGAGAAGUAUCGCAUUAUAAUGCGCUAUAUUUUGGGUCUCAUACAAAAGGAUCGGCAAGUGGAGACGUUGGUAGAAAAGUUGUGCUUACGUUUUCCGGUAACACGAGAGGAGCGCCAGUGGCGUGACAUUGCCUACUGUCUCAGCCUGCUCUCGUACAAUGAACGUACAAUCAAAAAGCUGAUAGACAACAUUCAGCACUACAAGGAUAAAGUACAAAUUGACGAAGUAUAUCAGUCGUUCAAAUUGAUUAUAAGUAACACUUCGAAAAUGGCCAAACCCGAGCUGAAAGCUGCCGUUGUCGAAUUGGAGACACGCAUCAAUGAAUGCCUCGAGAUAAAUGACGGUAAGGAGCGCGAGGACAAAGAAGGCGGCGGUGGUGGUGGUGGUGGUGAUUCGAGUACUGGACGCACUGAAGCACGUGGCAAACGCACAAAAGAAAAACCGGGAAGCACACAACGCACGCGUAGCGGACGUCGUGGACGCCGGGGCAAAUCCACUUCUAGCGAAUCGACUAUCAGCAGCGAAGAUGAAGCGCCGCCGUCACAAAAGCAACUGCAACGUAAAAUAUCGGCGCGCUCUGCGCAGAAACCACAACGAAAUCGCGCGGCGAUUGCUGAUUCAUCCUCCUCGUCGUCCGAAGAAGAAGAGGGUGUUCAAUCCGCGCGGGGUGGACGUAAAGCGGCGGCGGCAAGCGUUAAAGGUAAACAAGCUGCAAGCGCUUCGAAAUCGGCAAUGGCAGCAAAUAAAUCACGCACCAUGCCACGCAGCAGAGUAAUCGAAGAUUCCGCAAGCUCGGACGAAGAAGAGGAACAGCAUCCACAGCGAAAGCGUGGGCGAGGCAAUCGAAAAUGACCUGAAGCCUUGAAUGACGCCAUUUAUAAAAUACAUUUUCAGCAUAGCUCAGUAAUUAGAAAAUAUCGAAAGAAAUCGUUAACAGAACUGAAAUCAUUUUAGAAUUUAGUGAACAUUAAAAAACAAAAAUGCACAUGAAAUUUUACAAACAAAAUUUGAAUAGCAAGCACGCAAUUUGAAUUAAAAAAAUGAAUUAGGAAAAAAUAAGAACUUGGAACCCCCUGAAACUUGUUAAUGAAAAAAAGUAAAGCAAUUUCGAAAUGUUCUAACAACAUCAUAA